AUGGAUGUUUCCAAGUACGCGGUCGGGCCGGAUAGCUACGACGUUUUAUCGCGAGCACAAAUCUCAAAGUUCUUCACUGCGAAUGCUCCAUGUACGAGAGACCAAUGCGAUGAGCUGGCUGGUAAACUGCUAGGAGGUCCCGCCUCUGCCACGCCAAUGCAGGGAGGGAGUAGCUACACGGUAGAAAGAGAGGAAGCCCCCAAGGUAGUCCAGUUCCGGGAUUUACCUAUUGACAUGAAUCGAUUUGAGCUUGUCCAGCAAAUCUACCGGGAAUUUGUGCCUCAAUGUGUGUACCACGGCACCCUAGGAUCCCUCCAUGUGUAUAUUUGGAAUCGUAUAUCUGGCCCAGCUUUCUGUCGAGUACGUCGAGAGAUGUUCAAGACGGACGCGCCUGGUAUGGAACAGCGUCUAAGGCAGACCAUUCAAGAUUUUGCCAGAUUUUUUGCUUUGGGAUGGAUUAAUAGACCGACUUCAGAAUCAUUACCGGUUGGGUUGCAGGAGGAAUAUGUAGCUACUCUUGACAAGCUCUCAUCUACGCUUCCCGAAAACCUACAGCCAGUAAUAAAUGAAGUCAGACAGGAUCUCCAUCUCCUCUUUCGCCCCGACUUCCCCAUUGCGCUUCAGCACGCCGAUCUUCUAGAGAACAACAUCCAUGUUGAAGAAGCGACUGGUCACAUCACUGGAGUCGUAGACUGGGCCGAGGCCUUCAUAGCGCCCUUCGGGAUAUCACUUGGCGGAGCAGAGAUCCUGUUGGGUAUCCAGACAUAUACGGAUUGGCAUUUCCAUCCCUCUCACGUUGACAUGCGACAACUGUUUUGGGACACAUUCUACAACGAGAUUGGCGAGGUAUCCGAAUUAGACAGGCGGUCGAUAGAGGUAGCGAGGUUGAUGGGGUUGCUUGAGAGAAAUGGCUUCGAGGAGAACGGUAACUCAGGGGUGUAUCUUGAAAGACUCAUCUUCCUAAAUAAAAAAUAA